AUGUCGUAUAUGUUAGCACAUUUGCACAAUGGCUGGCAGGUGGACCAAGCCAUACUCUCCGAAGAGGAUCGAGUCGUGGUCAUACGAUUCGGACACGAUUGGGACCCGACCUGUAUGAAGAUGGACGAGGUGCUGUACAACAUAGCGGAGAAGGUGAAAAACUUUGCCGUAAUAUACCUGGUCGACAUAACGGAGGUGCCCGAUUUCAACAAGAUGUACGAAUUGUACGAUCCCUGUACGGUGAUGUUCUUCUUCCGCAACAAACACAUCAUGAUCGAUCUGGGGACGGGUAAUAAUAACAAAAUUAACUGGCCGCUUGAGGAUAAGCAGGAGAUGAUCGAUAUCGUCGAGACGGUUUACCGAGGGGCCCGUAAGGGACGUGGUUUAGUGGUGUCACCGAAGGAUUACUCUACGAAAUAUCGCUACUAG